AUGGCUUCCUCCUCUGCUCUUGACCUUCCUAGCAUCAGUCACGUUAUCUCUGUUCGUCUCGAACGUGAUAACUACCCGACCUGGCUUGCUCAAAUUGUUCCCGUUCUUCGCAGCCGCCGCUUGCUCUCCUAUGUCGACGGUAGCUGCCCGAGUCCCUCUCCCACCAUUCCAGACCCCAAGGCCAAGGAAAGUGAGUCUUCUCCUCCGUCUCUCAUCUCCAAUCCUGACUAUGAGGAUUGGGUUCAGAAAGAUCAACUUGUUCUCUCUCUCAUCAAUGGUUCUCUUCAUCAUAAAGUUCUUGCUAUUGUUGCUACCAAAACCACCGCACGUGACACUUGGGUGGCGCUUGAAACCCGCUUUGCUUCUCCGAAUCAAAAUCGUCUUCUUCAGCUUCGUAGCGAUUUGCUUCGCACGACCCGUGGUGAUUCUUCCAUCACUGAUUUUUUGGAUCGUAUUCACUCUAUUACAGAUAACUUGGCGUUGGCAGGUGCUCCGGUUCAUGACUCUGAUCUUCUAGCUGUGGUUAUGAAUAAUGUUGGUCCGCUUUAUGAGAAUACGGUUGCUGCCGCUCAAGCUCGUGAGAAACCCAUCGGCAUGCCUGACCUUGAAGCUCUUCUCUUAUCGGCUGAACGGCGUCUUCAAGCUUCGUCUUCUCCGGCUAUCUCUUCCGGUGCCACAACCAUGGUUGCUUCCCGCGGUGGUCGCGGUGGCCGUGGUGGACGCGGUUUUGGUGAUCGUGGUGGCUACGCUGGCCGUGCUUCGGAUCGUCGCACCUCGCUCUCUGCCCCGCGUUUUGGUUCUUCUCCACACUUUGGGUCUUACGGCUUCUCCCAAUAUUCUCCUUCACAGCCGCAUCGUCACCAAAAUUCUGGUCAAGGUGUUCUUGGGCCUCCUCCUUUGGGCUCUCCUCACUCAUCUUUUGGGGCCAAUUCUUCUUCUUGUGGGCCUUUGCAAUGUUACAAUUGUCGUGGCUUUGGACAUGUUGCUGCUGUUUGUCCUUCCAAGGCUACUUCUGUGCCUCCUCCUCCUACUCGUCUUCAAGGUAUGACUGCUCACCAUCUGUCCCAUGGUGGCGCACAACAAUGGGUUGCUGAUACUGGGGCUAAUACCCACAUCACCAAUGACUUAAGCCAUCUUUCCCUUGCUAGAGAGUAUCAUGGUUCCGACAAUGUUGGAGGUGUGCUUGGUGGAACAGGUUUGCCUAUUACUCAUAUUGGUCACUCUCGUAUCUCUCACCUUAACUCUUCCUUUUCUCUUAAUAAUAUUCUUCAUUGUCCUGAUGCCUCUCUUCCCCUUUUAUCUGUUCAUAAAUUUGCUACUGACAACAAUUGUUUCUUCACCUUUUAUCCUGAUUGCUAUUUUAUCCAGGAUUUGGCGACGGGGAAGAUUCUUUUCCGGGGCAAGAGUAGCAAUGGCCUAUAUCCGUUUUCCUUCUCCCCAAAUGAGUCAUUUCACAAUUUGCCUGAUCGUGUUGCUUUGCUAGGUGUUCGUGUCGGUCGCUCUGAUUUGGCGACGGGGAAGAUUCUUUUCCGGGGCAAGAGUAGCAAUGGCCUAUAUCCGUUUUCCUUCUCCCCAAAUGAGUCAUUUCACAAUUUGCCUGAUCGUGUUGCUUUGCUAGGUGUUCGUGUCGGUCGCUCUGCCUCUGCUACUCCUGCUCCGGACAGUUCUCCGUCGUCCACUGACCUGCCUCUAGUUCUCCCUGGCUCUAUUUUUCCAUCCUGCAGCUCUGUCUCCUCUUGCCUCAUUCCUCCGACGCUCCAGGCCCAACCGUCUCUCCCAGCUCCAACCGCUACCCCGAUUGCUUCCCCUGACCCGCCUACGUCCGACCCUGCACCACCCCCUGUCGUGUCCGCUCCUCCUCCGAGCUCACCAUCUAUGUCGUCCCAUAUCCCCAUAGGUCUGCCUUCUCCUCCCCGCUCUGCUAGCCCACCAGUCAUCCGGCCUGCACUUCCUCCUUCUCGUUUCUCACAAACAUAUUCUAGAGACCCACACCGUAAAAUUGCUUUUCCGUCCACUAUUCCUGUUCCAUCUGGUACAUCUUCUCCUUCUUCAGAUACUUCUAUGGUAAGUGUACCCAAUACUCAUUUAAUGGCUACUCGUGCUAAAGCUGGUGUCCGUAAACCUAAUCCUAAAUAUGCGCAUCAUGCGUUGGUUUCUCCUGAUGAUUCUUUUGAGCCUACAUCUUUCUCACAGGCUAAUAAGCUUCAGGAAUGGCGUCUUGCCAUGGCAGAUGAGUUUAAUGCUCUUCUUCGUGCUGGGACUUGGACUUUGGUUCCUCGUACUCCCACUAUGAAUGUCUUGCCAAACAAGUGGGUCUUUCGGGUCAAGCGGAAUUCUGAUGGCACUAUUCAACGUUAUAAAGCUCGCUUGGUGGCAAAUGGUUUUCAUCAGCAACCGGGCCUCGACUAUGGUGAAACCUUUAGUCCUGUUGUUAAUCAUUCUACUAUUCGUCUUAUCUUGGCUCUUUCUGUGCAGUUUAGUUGGCCUGUUCGUCAGUUGGAUGUUCAGAAUGCCUUUUUACAAGGCUCCCUUGAUGAGGAGGUUUAUAUGCGCUAG